AUGGCACGGUUAGCGGUUUGGUUAACCUCUCUGUAUCUGGAUGUAUUGUUGUGCUUUAGGGGUAUCAUUUCUGGCCCAGGGAAGGCCUUGGAUUAUCUGAAUCCAACAAACCUUGAUAGGACAGUACUAUACGAAGUGAUGAAGGAAUUCUCUCAGGUCUAUGCCUUCUUGGAGUUGGAUUAUGGACAACUUGAGGGCCCGGAACAGGACUGGUACUCUGUGCCUGGGGAUGAUCUCCUUGCCCGGGAAAUGGAGUGGCUUUGGGAAAUGAACGAUAUUCUUGAUGACGACGGCGGGGAAGACAGCGAUGGCGAGGCAGAUAACGAUGACAACGAGGAUAGCGGUGGCAAGGGAAGUGGAAUUCCCGACGACCUGAGUCUGAAACGACUCUAUCUCUACCUAUACGAAAAGACGACCCCAACCUUACGCCAUGGACGCCGAAUUUAUGAGUCUUGGAAAUCGACGAUGCAUUUGGCGACCGUGCCAGCAGCUUGCUGAGGUAUAUUUUAAAAAACUGAAGCAAAAAUCCGCUGACGGCAUUGGAGGAGCGAAGGAUGAUUCAUUAAAAUGACCCCAUUUCACAGUAUUUUCAGAGACGAGUUGUUUACUUCAAUCUUUUAGUAGGAGCCGGGGUUGGUAUCGGGUUUUCGUUUCGUCGCUUGCCAUGCACCAGAAACCAAUCGGAUUUAACCUUACCGUAUAAUCAACGAUUUAUUCUGUAGUUGACUGAGUAUUUCCAUCUUAUCUUCGAGUAUUAUAGUUACAAAAUGCAGUGUCAGAGAAUCUCAAGCGGGGAAAGAGAAACGCGCCCCCCCCUGGAGUUUGCCAAGCCUCAGUCGCGCCACCGCUUCACUCCAAAGGCCGAAGUCAGAUUCAACCUACGUCAAAACGCUUCGCACUGGUCUAUCACCAGACUCUCACAGCAGAAACAGACAUGGCAGCAGCCUAAAACACAUAAACUCUUUUCCUCCAGUGCAAUGAGCCAGCCUUACCUGCUAUUUAGGCACCCACGAGAGUCGGAAACUCGCCAUCCCAACCGCCGCUGUGGUCGAUUUCGUUGUUGCCGUCUGGACACUUACUGCGACCCUCGGCCUCCCUGUCCCUCCCAACGAAAAUACAACCCAGUGGAGUAAAACCAAUGACUCAUAUAUUUGAACCUCCCAAGUAGAACGGAUGGACAUUCCCCAUGCUGACAAAAUAUCAAUGCAGGCGGGUGGCGUGGACACUUGGAUAUAUGUAUGAUUGACACACCGGGGCGUGUAUUUUGUAUUGGAGGUAUAUAUCAGUGCUCUGACAAGGUGAAAUGGCACCUACGACACUCCACAGAGGUUGGUCCUCUCUUUCGAGCCGUAGGAGUAGGCUCGGGCUCGGGCUCGGGCUCGGGCUCCCUUACGUGUAGAACCUUAAGACGUGACGAUGGCUCAUCUAUAGAUAUCUGGUCCGGUCAUAUAUCAUAACAACAAUGAGCGGUAUAGCUGUUUUGUCAUCCUUGGCCCUUGCAUCAGCUUGCUCCCUGUUGGUUAUUGAUUACGCGUAGUAUGUAGUAGAAAAUUAGGAAAUAAGAGUACAGUUUGCAGAUGCGUUUCGUCUGGGAUAAUGCUGCUGGUUGGAGAUGGAUGGAGCUGGAUUAGCAGAGAUAAUUGUUCUAAGGAAGAUAAAUGAAAGUGAAUUAAGAAAUUCUACGUGUCUAAUUACUGAGCUUCAUCUGGUAUUCUAGGUUGUCAAAAUAUUGGCUCCGAAACGUCUCUGGAGAAUCUAUAUAUCCCUCAAGGGCGAAGUUAUAUAUAU